AUGACUGUCAGAUGCUUGUUCGUGCAAGGAAAGCUGCAAAAAAAAGUAGAAAUUGAUCAGCAAGUCAAUCGUGAAAGGAAUGCCGCAGCUUUAGCAGCUAAAAUUGAAAGUAUUGAAGCAUUUAAAAUGUCCAUCAACGUCUAUGCUGACCAAUGUUGCGACGUGUGCACAAAAACUUGCUACCCAAAUCAAGUUGUAAAAUUCAAGGUGCCUGAAGCUCCAAAUUGCAAGGCUAAUCUCGCCGAUCCAAAGAAGCGUCUUUUCCCGCCAAAAACUUAUUGGAAUCGGCUUGAUCCUGGUCCAGUAUCAAAAGAAAUUAAAGUACUCACAAGGUCAGAAGUUGGACUUUUGUCUCGAGUUCAUGCAUUUAUGAAAAUAAUCAAGUUUGAUGGCAGAUUUGGUCAAUAUGGUUUCAGAGGUCUCGCAACACUUUUUGCUCAAGAUAUAUUUGAAGUGACAGAAAAAAUCGAUACACUACCAAGAUCUUCUUACGACUCGAAUAUCAUCAUCGUCUCUGAAGAGCUUGAGAAGUUGGACAUCACAAAAGAGUACAAAAUAGAUCGCACAAGAAUAUUCAAUGCUCUCGCUUGGCUCCUCAAACAUAAUCCUUUGUAUCGUGAUGUAAGUAUCAAUAAAGAUGUCCACCUCGAUGAAAAUGAUUUAGUAAGAACUGGACCAGUCGAAGAUGCAUUACCUCUGCAGUUGUUAAUUGCUUCCAGUCAUAUGUUUAUCAUGCAUGUUGUUGCAACAUUGUUUGGAGGAUAUAUUGCUUCUUCUUUGAUUCUGUUUAAAUUUCCCAAUCUAAUUCACAAGAAGAAAAAGCUCAAGUUUUUGUGUACUCACAUUAGCCAUAGGGGUGGAGCUGGAGAAUCACUAGAAAAUACAAUACCAGCUUUUGAGAAUGCUAUUAAACAAGGAACAGAUAUGUUAGAAGUAGAUUUACAUCUAACCAAGGAUGGAAAAGUAGUUGUGUCACAUGACAAUAACUUACUUCGUGUCACUGGUGUUAAUGUGAACAUAUCAGAUUCCAAUUAUCAGGACUUGCCACCUUUAAAAAGAACUUUAGCAAAAGAUUUCCAAAAAGGAAAACCUUUUGCAUGUGAUGAAGAAGAAAAAAUUCCUUUACUAAAGGAAGUAUUUGAGAAAUUUCCUCAGGUUGCUAUUAAUAUUGAUAUCAAAGUAAAUAACGAUCUCCUGAUAACAAAAGUAAAUAAUCUAAUAAAAGAGUACAAUCGAGAAGAUAUUACUGUUUGGGGAAAUUUUAGUAAUGAUGUUACUAAAAAAUGUCAUAAGCUGAAUCCCAACAUUCCUAUUUACUUUUCUGCUAAGCGAGUUAUACUUCUUGUUAUCCUUACAUAUAAUGGAUUACUGCCUUUUAUUCCUCUGAAAGAAUCAUGUUUGGAACUCUUGAUGCCAUCCGUCAUUUUCACUAACCCAAGCAUGAUGAUUUCACGUGAUAAGUUUUGGAGCCCUUGGAUUGUAUGGCUCAUUGAAAAAUUAUUAAUGAGAAGAUCUUUAUUUGAACAUCUGUCUAAACGUGGUAUACAGACAUAUUUAUGGGUUUUAAAUGAGGAGAAAGAUUACAAGCGAGCAUUUGAGCUUGGAGCAACUGGUGUGAUGACUGACUAUCCAACAAAAUUGAGGCAUUUCCUCGUAGAGCAUGAUUUACAGAAUAGAAUGAAAUGA